GCAAUUGUUCAGAGAGAGAGAAUCAGACAGCAAUGAGUCCAGUUUUCUCUACAGUCGGAAUAAAGCACAGUCUAAAAAUGGACUUCUACGUUGAUUCCCCUGCGGUUUCUUCAGGAGGCUGUGAAAAAUAGGAUAUUAUCCGUCUGUCUGCUUUCACUCCGAGUCAACUUUGGCGUCAAAAUGGAUGCGCUGAGUUUGACGCUGAAGCUUUUCUGGUUGGUGCUCAUCGCAGGAGACAGGAGGAGCAGGGCCAUGCUGAGUGAUAUCGGGGAUUAUGUCGGCACAGAUAUUGAAAUAUCCUGGCUGCCGAAUCUGGAUGACCUCAUGAAAGGUUACGCUCGAAACUUUCGUCCAGGUAUCGGAGGACCGCCUGUGAACGUCGCCAUGGCCAUUGAAGUGGCCAGUAUUGACCACAUCUCAGAAGCCAACAUGGAAUACACCAUGACAGUGUUUCUGCGUCAGAGCUGGAGAGACGACCGUCUGUCCUACAACCACACUAACAAAACUCUGGGUCUAGACAGCCGCUUCGUGGACAAACUCUGGCUCCCAGACACCUUCAUCGUCAACGCCAAAUCAGCCUGGUUUCAUGACGUGACGGUGGAGAAUAAACUCAUACGCCUGCAGCCUGACGGAGUCAUUCUGUACAGCAGUCGUAUCACAUCCACAGUUGCGUGUGAUAUGGACCUCACCAAAUACCCCAUGGAUGAGCAGGAAUGCAUGCUAGAUCUGGAAAGCUACGGCUACUCUUCAGAAGACAUUGUGUAUCACUGGUCAGACAGUCAGAAGCUCAUCCAUGGCCUGGACAAACUGGAGCUGUCCCAGUUCACCAUCACCGACUACCGCUUCGUCACAGAGAUGAUGAACUUCAAAUCUGCGGGCAGAUUUCCACGUCUCAGCCUGCGUUUCCAGCUGAGGAGGAACCGAGGAGUUUACAUCAUCCAGUCCUACAUGCCGUCCAUCCUGCUGGUGGCCAUGUCAUGGGUUUCAUUCUGGAUCAGCCAGUCCGCCGUGCCAGCGAGAGUGUCUUUAGGAAUCACGACGGUUCUGACCAUGACGACGCUGAUGGUCAGUGCUCGCUCUUCACUGCCUCGAGCUUCUGCCAUUAAAGCUCUGGACGUGUAUUUCUGGAUCUGCUACGUCUUUGUGUUCGCUGCUCUGAUCGAAUACGCCUUUGCUCACUAUAAUGCAGACUACAGCAAGAAGGAGAAAGCCAAAGUCAAGACCAAUAAGAAUGCAGAGUCGAUGGUGAAGAAUGGAAAGCAGGCAAUGGUUCUGUUUUCUCUGUCUGUGGCGGGCAUGAACCAGGGUCUCCUGAUCUCCAACAGGCAGAGCAGGUCACACCGAGCCUCCGACGCCGCCGCCGCUGCUGCUGCCGAUCCGCAUGAAGAGACUGAGACUCGCAGCGCUACGACCCGAAGAGCGCAGAAGGAAAGCAGCGAGGAGAAGAAAUGCUGCAAGUGUAAACCCAUAGACGCCGACACCAUCGACAUCUACGCUCGCGCCGUCUUCCCGUUCACCUUCGCCGUGGUCAACGUCAUCUACUGGGUGGCAUACACAAUGUAGAUCAAUUAUAACACAUCCAUCUCUGCAUGGAUAUACAGCUAAAGUUGAAUUAUUCGCCCUCCUGUGAAGGUUUUUAAAUAAUGAUGAUGUUUAACAGAUUCAGGAAUUUUUCACAGUAUUAUCUCUAAUAUUUUUUCUUCUGGAGAAAGUCUUAUUUGUUUUAUUUCAGCUAGAAUGAAAGCAGUUCUUAAUGUUUAAAGCCAUGUUAAGCUCAAUAUUAUUAGCCCCCUUAAGCAAUAUUAGUUUUGGAUUGUCUCCAGAACAAACCACUGUUAUACAAUGACUUGCCUAAUUACUCUAACUUUACCCUAAUUACCCUAGUUAAGCCUUUAAAUGUCACUUUAAGCUGAAUACUAGUGUCUUGAAGAAUAUCUAGUCUAAUAUUAUUUACUGUCAUCAUGGCAAAGAGAAAAGAAAUCAGUUAUUAGAGAUGAGUUAUUAACACUAUUAUGUUUAGAAAUGUGCUGAAUAAAAUCUUCACUCCGUUAAACAGAAAUUGGGGAAAAAAAUAUACAGGAGGGCUAAUAAUUCUGACUUUAACUCUAAGUCAGUACACUGAUGUGACAAGAUUAUUAGCAUAUCUGGGGCCGGAUGCAUGAAAAUCCACAAUUAAGACAUUUCUGAGAGGUCUCUUAAAAGGAUAGUUCAUUAAAAAAUCAACAUUUGGUGACUGUUUACUCUUUCUCAAGUGGUUGCUUUAUGAGUUUCUUUAAUAGUAAAGAAGAUAUUUUGAAGAAUGCUGGAAACCUGUAACCAUUGACUUCCAUAGUAGGAAAAGAAACACUGUGGAAGUCAAUGGUUACAGGUUUUUGCGUUCUUCAAAAUAUCUUUAGUGUUCAACAGAAGAAAGAAACUCAAACAGGUGUGAAACGAGUAAAGGGUGAGUAAAUGAUGGCAAUUUUUACUUGUGGGUGAACUGUCCCUUUAAGAGCUUAAAGAGCUUAAAAUUCUUAAAAAAAUCUCUUAAAGUUGUUCUUAAGAAAAUAAAACAAUUCUUACAAAUUAAAUUAAAUCACGGUGGCUCAGUGGUUAGCACUGUCACCUCACAGAAAGAAGGUCGCUUGUUCAAGUCCUGGCUGAACCAGUUAAUGUUUCUGUGUGGAGUUUGCAUGUUCUGCCUGUGUUAGCGUGGGUUUCCUCCGGGUGCUCCGGUUUCCCCCACAGUCCAAACCCAUGCGCUACAUGCGCAACUAAAUUGGCUGUAGUGUAUGAGUGUGUGUGUGAAUGAGUGUGUAUGGGUGUUUCCCAGUACUGGGUUGCGGUUGGAAGGGCAUCCGCUGCUUAAAACAUAUGCUGGAAUAGUUGGUGGUUCAUUCCGUUGUGGCGACCUAUGAAAUAGCGACAGAGCUGAAGGAAAACGAUUGAAUUAAUAUUUCAAAAAGCAAUAAUUAGAAACUGUCGACUUUGUGGAUGUACAACUAGUGUUUGUUUAGAUGAGAAAUCAUUUAUUUUGUUAUUAUUAAAUUAAUUAUUUUGUUUUAAAGUCUGCGUGAAAAUAAAAAUGAACGUUUUCGCUCACAUUGUUUCUCUUAAGGUGAACAAUUAAUUCUUGCAAGUUAAUCCACUGGGGGAAAAAAACUAUCUUUUGGUAAUCUUCAAUCUAAAUCUGAACAUCUGCUUCUGCGUUUGGAUUGGCUGCUUCUAUGAUGAUGUCAGUUUGAUGCUUUAGCCACGGUAUUCUUAGCCACGCCCCUCUUCACAUUAAUUCGCCGGGAAUGAUGCACAAAAUGGAAGCCCCCUACUCAAUAUUCAGUUUCAGUUUGAAGUACAUCAACAUACUGAUAUAAAAGUCUCAUCAACUUCCAGAACAAUCGUAAGAAAAUCAACAUUAUUUAUCGGAUUUAACACUUCCAAUGUUAGAAAAUAAGAAGAGAAAAGCCAGAUAAGAAGUGAUUUUCUCUUGAGGAUGUUUUAUGAAUCCGGUCCUGGAUUAUUAGACCAUCAAUCCUUUAUUGUAUUUUUAGAUGCUCAUCAGUAUAACAGGAUAGGCUUUUAGAGGAUGUUUGACAGGGAUGGUUGCAUUUUAAGAAGACUGAUAGAUACCUCUUUACACUUAGUCGUUAAUGCUUUACAGUGACAUUUCCUCCUUAAAUGAUUUGCUUUUUCUGAAUAUUUGCACCAGAAUAGCCUUCUGAGCAGGUGUAUGAAUGAACUAAAGCAGAACGUUAUUGAAUGAUCGUCUUCAUUCCUGCGUUCUCCAUUGUUUUGUUGUCUUUAUUAAGUUUUACAAUGUUCGUUUUUAAUUUUUCCUGGCUUUUUUUGCUUACAGAUACUAUUGUUGGAACCAGUUCUGAUGACUUUUUUACUUGGAAAUGUGGAAAUAUAUGUGCUUGCAAUGUUAUGUUGUGCUCGAGUAAAAUUGGGCGGUGUAAUGUAUUAUUUAAGUACACUUUCUUACAUAGUGUUUAUCAUAGUUUAUAUAUUUUUUUUCAGCAAUUGGGUUUAAAUAAGAGCGGCUACUGAUUUAUGUUGUGGAAAAUCAUUCUGUAUGAAUUUUGAGCUGAAGUAAUGAUGUUUUGCAUGAGAGUUUGUAUCGAUACUGCUGAAAGAUGUUAUUCUGGACCAUUUCUGCAUUAUUUAAUAGCUUUUUUAUUAUUAUUUUGCCUUCAGUUUUGUCAGAAGAACCACUAAAAGCUGCUUUUGUUCUGAAAUCUCGCAACAAAAUUUGCUGUUGUGAUGACAAUCAGCGCAUAUUGUUUUUGUGCAUGCGAAUUAACAUUACAGCAUGUGAUUUAUUGUUUCCUGCCGUUUUGAUUUGGCUGUAUUAUCAUUAAUGCCACCACCGCACCAUAGGAUAAUGACAUGAUUUAUGUUCUUAGAGACAAAGAGGAUAAAUAAAACUCUUCUAGCCA